GUAAUUUACUGUGUACCGCUCUGUGUGUGUCUUCUUUCGGUAACCUUCGGCGUGCUACCACCGGCGACGAUCGGCGAUGGCCUUUUUCAAGAGCAUUUGGAAAAAUGGCUCCAAGCACAAGAAGUUGUGCGAGGAGCUUGCGCUAGCGAACAGCAUCCGUGAUUUCUCCGAAAACCACGAGGAACCGGACGAUGGUUCGGACGAAGCCAUCAGCUACGGGGUGAAAUACCUGGGCAGUACACCCGUUCCGACACCGCGCUCCGAGAACGCCACAUCCGAAGCGGUCAAGUCCAUCAUCACGGCAGCAAAAGGCAACAAGAAACUACCACGCGUUUCACUGUCCAUCUCACCGAAGGGCAUCGAGAUGACGGACAGCGGUACCGGCGAAAAUCUACUGCAGGUGUCGAUCUAUCAGAUUUCCUACUGCUCCGCGGACGCAAACCACGAUCACGUGUUCGCGUUCGUCGGAUGCACGCUCGGAACUGAGGCGGAAGUGAAGGAGAUGUGUUUCCGGCGGACGGCGGAAGAGAUCAACUUGGAGGGACCACUCGUGUGCCACGCGUUCCUUUGUCAGAAGCGCAAAAUGGCGCAAACCGUCACACUGACUGUGGCCCGUAGCUUCGAGCGGGCGUACCAGAUCUGGCAGAACAAGCAGUUCCACGCAGAACGCAAGCGUAAGGAUCUGGAGCAGCGCAUGGAACUGCAGGCCGGUGGUAGCAGCAGCGAAUUGAAGCGAAAGGCUAUCGAAUCGACCGACUCAACGGUAGAGAAGAGUGUCAAGUCCGAUGGGGGUGAAAAGGGGGUCACCGAGUGUCGCAGUUUGCUGAUUGAUUUCAACUCCGAUCUAACGGAAAUUUGCUCCGACACCCAUCACCAUCGGGAGUUGUUGCAGAACACUUGGGUAUCAUUUGAGGAUGAUCAAACACCACAAGAGUUUCUCGCGGUGCCAAAACUGAAUUCCAACGGCUGGAGCGGGAUGGCCAUUUGCUCAAACUGAGCAGCUGCUCUUGCAACGGAAUAGCAUUAGUGCGUUUCGACUAAGCUUCGCGUUGAUCAAUAGAGCAGCUUCCCGGCAGGGUUUCUUUCCAUUGUGUUUUUAAAGCCAAUCCGUUGACAGGUUAUCACAUGAGCCAUCAUUUUUGCUCCCUUGGACAAUGCGUUGACAUCGUUUUCAAGGGUUUACAGGAUAGCGUAAAAUAAUUCGAUAAGUAUGUGAUAAAAUGUUUUUUUGAUAAAUUUUAAUAAAUCGAUACGAAAAGCAUGAGA